CUUCUUCGAUCAGCCAGCGAUGCCAUGUGGUCAUUUGAGAGCUCAGAUUCAAUAUAUACUCGUGUAGAUGAUUCUAGAUUUUGCGACGUGAUGUCAACAGAGAGGCCGGAUACAAUCGGUUCUCAUCCCAAUGGGAAGGAGGCGGUUGAGGAGGAUGUGGAUCGGCCCCUAAAGAAGCUGAGGGAGGCUCCAGCGACGUUGAAGACGAAGAAAGUUGCGGUGACGAUCAUAGAAGAGCGGGCAAUGACGGGGAAGCAAGUGGCGGCAAAAAGAAAUCGAAGGCGUGAUUCGUCGCCCUACUCCGAUCCAGAACUUAGCGAUGAUGAUGAUAAUGGCGUCGUUGUGAUGCUUCUGGGCAGCUGCGGGGAGCCCACGCCGUGUAACUUCAGGGGGGCGCCGAAGAUCGAGGAUCGCGAAGUGCAAAUUUAUGGCGGCGAAGAUGAAGGGAAAUCGCAUAUCUCCGUCCAAGAUCCCAGAACCGAUUCUUCUGCUCUCUCGCGAGGGACUGGGAUCGAUUGUACAGAAGGAAAGAAAACCUGCAAGGAAAUUACGGAUGAUUCAAGGCUGAUUCCCCGCUGCGUCAAUGCCAAAAAUAGAUAGAACAAAAAUACUCUGUCAUUUUUUUCCUUCCCUGUAGCGGCCAAACUCAAAGUAAAUUUGGCCGAUGGGCUUCUAGUGGACGGCAGCAGACUCGGAUCUUCAUCCCCUCGCAUCGGAAAUCUAAAUCUGGUAUUCAUCAGGGAAGCCGAAAUUCUAAAGAGCACUGAUUUCGGUAAGUUAUUUCUCCAUCUCGAUUAGGAUUAUAUAACAAUUUCUAGGAUUUUUUGUUUCUUUCUCGAUAUCAAUUACUAUUUUAGUUCAUCAAACAGAAAGAUUUAUUUUUUGCUGGUGGGAUUUAAAGCUUCUAAUUGCCGAUAUUCAGUGAACCAGCAAAGGUUUCAUUUUUUAACCUAGAUUUUUUUCUACAAAUAGAGAAUGAAUAUUAAUGUGGAAAAUAUUAAUUUCACAGAUUCUUUAAUAGCAAGAGACCAGCAAAUAUUAAUAAAAUAAUAUUGUAUGUCUUAUCAACAAUAAAAUUGUAUAGCUCAUAGUCCUUGGAAGUUAGAUUUCAACUUUUCUACUAUUUUGUUUAAGGGUUUUGUAUGAUACCAAUAAUAAUUUGUAGUUUGU